AUGACGUUUGGAAUGAGUGAUGCUUUGAACCCGAAAACACCGAAAGCACAAAACAUUAAGAGUGGAGAUAGACCACGGUCGGCCUUAGGGAACGCGUACGAGAGGCUGCGGCAGCUAGUCCGCCCGAAGCCAAAGAAGAAGCAGGAUGUACCGGUUAAGACAGAGGAGGCCGUCGACAGGAAGCCCAAGCCGAAAACAACUAAGGCUAAGGGUUCCGAGGAACCGUCUAAGACACGGGGUCUAGCUGAUUCUUGGGACCGACAGCGGAAGGUGAAGGAGGACCAGACCACCACGACAGUCGGGAAGCCGACCCAGCAGUACAAAACUCUCGACGGCAGCAGGGCAUGUUCCAACUCCACGCAGAGACCUAGACGAAAGAAGCAUUCCAAGAGAAGGGCCUACGCGAAGGCUGAUUCCGCGGACUCGUCAAGCAGCUGCGAAGGGAACGAGCACGCCGACAACGAGGACCUGUGGUUCCUCUCCCGAAGGGGAAUCGAACUGGAGAAGAAGCUAGGGGAAGGUACGUACGCUCAGGUCCACGCCGGUCACCAGGUAAAGUGCAACCGCCAAGUAGCCGUCAAGAUCAUCUCACUGGCGAUGACCAACCAGAGAUACCGCUCUAAGUUUCUACCCCGCGAGACGGACAUCCUCCGGAAGGUGAACCACCCCAACAUCAUUCACCUCUUCGAUACGCUCAGGUACGGCCAGAAGGUCUUCUUCGUGACUGAGCUUGCCCAUAGAGGAGACCUGCUGUGCUACGUUCAGAAGCUUAAGGUCCUAUCCUCACCGGUGGCUCGCACAAUCUUCUCCCAGAUUGCUGACGGCAUAGAGUACUUGCAUCAAAACGGCAUCUACCAUCGGGAUCUUAAGUGUGAGAAUAUCCUACUCGACCCGGGUGAUAGGGUGAAGCUGACGGAUUUUGGGUUCGCUAGGGAGUGGUACGAACCGAACAACCUCUGCCGGACCUUCUGUGGAAGCGCUGCCUACGCCUCGCCGGAGAUUCUCUCUGGUGUGUCGUAUGAACCAAGCACGGCUGACGUCUGGAGCAUGGGAGUUGUACUGUAUGUUAUGGUGCAGGGUAAAAUGCCUUUUGACGAUGCUGACGUAAAGCGCAUGCUCCACGUGGUCAGGAAGUAUGACGUCACCUUCUUCUCCAAACGCCCUCUAUCGGCACAUUUGAAGGCACUCAUCCAGUCUAUUUUGAACCACGGGCAAUGGGAUCGCGCCACCAUCGGCGACAUUAAGUCUAGCCGAUGGCUGAUGGAAAGUUCAGUCAAGGCGUGA